AUUAUCAGGCAACCGCUUCGGAUUGAUUGUGGGCCUAUAAGAGCCGGUUAAUAUUUUAAAAAUGUAAGCCCAUUUGUAAAUAAAAAGGCCCAAUAGCUUUUUUUCUACGUCUUCUUCCUAGUUUUGAUCCCGAAGAAAAGAAAGCCAUGAAAGAGGCUAAGAAGACAGAAACCUCCACUGGAGAUGGUUCUGGGGGCGUUUUUUGUUUAUUUGAUCACUUGUUUGUUUCUGGGGGUUGGGUUCUGGGUGGCGCGAAACAUAUUUUCCGUCGAUCUCGUCUCUGAUCCAUCUCUCACUCUGUUUCUCCUCUGGAUUAUUGAGUUUCCUGUCGUGGCAAUCAUCUACAGCUUUUUACGGAAAACCCCAGAGAAAUGUUCGUGGUCUAAAGCUGUUGGGCGAAGCGUACAAGGACUAGUUUCCGGGGCUUUUAUGAAUGCUUUGGGUGCACCUAUUGGGAUGCGGUAUCUACCAAAAACAAUUCACUUGUCCUUUCUCAUGUCUGUUUUCACGUUCGUACCACCAACUGCAGUUUUUGGUGCAUCGUGGACAGAUUGGCAUCGAGCAUUUGCUUCGAUGAAACCAAGUGGAAAUACAGAAUAUAUGAUUGUUAUUCCAGCAUAUGGAGCAGUUGUUGGAGGAUGGUUUGGAGCUUGGCCUAUGCCGCUCGACUGGGAAAGGCCAUGGCAGGAGUGGCCUAUAUGUGUGUUUUAUGGAGCUAUAGGAGGCUACAUUGCUGGACAGAUUCUCUCCUUGAGUUUCAUGUUCUUGUUUAGGAAACAAAAGAAUUUGAAGGUGGCGUAGAAGACCUGGAUCUGCAAAACGAGUUUCACAACAAUAGGGCCAAAUUUUUUUCGUUAGGUUAGAACAUACGUUUUGUUAUGUAGAGAAUGAAGCAACUGUUUCAGAUUAACAAAAUUCUAAAGUCAUCGAUCGCAGACUUGAGAGAUGAAAUCCAACCAUGUUUUGGCAAAAUGCAAAUGAAAGAAAACUUUGU